UCAGUGAGACUUCAUUCUCUUUCUCCCCUCCCCCGCUCCUUUAUUACCUUACCUGGCUGUGAGUGUGUGGGUGCGCGUUGUGCAGCCACACCCGGCUACCCUGAAUCUACCAAUCAGCUGCUUGAGCUCGAAACACCAAGGAGGUGUACUUCCUGUGUUUGGUAAAAGAAGAAUGGGGCAGGACAGCACGGCCAGCGACUUGCGUACUUUUGUUCCUGGGAGUUUCAUGCUUCGGCUAAAGGGAGAGAAGCAAAAGAAGUGGACGGGACCCUGCAAAUUUUUUUUGGGUAUGAUUUACGAGAAAGCGGUUCAGUGAGAGCGGCUUAUAGAGGACGGGCAAGGCACAAGGGGGUUGAAGGAGGAGGGGAGAAGAUAAGUGUCAAUCUGUUGAGACUUGUUUGGGAAUUUGAAGAAGGAGGUGGGGAGAGCCAGAGAAGGCAGCAAGAAAGUGGAGGAGAGUUCAGGCGUAAACAUUAGGCUUUUUUUCCAUCGCUGUUAGAGAAGUCGCUUCAUUUGGAGACAUGUUUGAGAUUUAAUAAGUCACCUAGGACAAUGUGAAAGCAGAGAAUGCAUAUUUUUGUGUUGUGCAAUCCACAUGCUUGAGGGCUGAGCGGGACCGUAGGAGGUGGUGGGGGGGGGAGACCAGUUCUCCCCACGACUUCACAUUCAGGUUCUCCAAAAUAUGGUACCAUGGGGACCAAAAGGCCAAUUGACAAUUUAUCAAACAUAAAGACGUCAGACGGCAAGCUUCAGCCAGGCGGAAGAAUCUCCGGGGAUCCCAGUCCAAGGCCAGCCAUGACUGCCCAGUCAGAGUGGGAAAGCAGCCAAGACGAAAAGGGUCGGAGGGAUCGAGAAGUGGAGAAAGUGAAAGACAAGUCCAGGUAUCGAGAUACAGACCCCCGUGACAGAUACUACGAGCGAGACCGGGGCCCAAAGACCAGGCCGAGGGAGGCCGGCCAAGAAAGGACGCGAGAAGAUGAAAGGAACAAUGGGAGGCCGCUGUCAAAUGUGGAGAGGGACUUUGAGAGGGAGGUGGAAUGGGACAUGAAGAAAGGUGACACAUUUCCCAGGAUGAGUAGAAGUCGUGAACGGGAUGAAGAACGCGAGCAGAGGCACCAGGGAGACAAGCCGAGAAGGACCGAGACGGUCGGAUGGGAACGCGAAGGAGAGCGCGCCCAGCAGAGGGAGAGACAAAGAGGUGAAUGGAGAAGUUAUGAAAAAUCCAGGCAGAGGUAUCAGGAGUCCAACUCUGCUCUCCGAGAAAAAAGGAGAGACGUCCUGCAGUCGGCGGGCUCCAGGGACACAAGAGAGAGGGAUGCGGCAAGGAGAAAGGAAAACAUGGGAGGAAGGGAGGCCAGGAAGCCCUCACCGCACGGUCGAAGAGACGGGGGGAUGCGUCCAGACCGUUGGGAGCAGGAGAGGACCUACAGGAGAGCCGGAGGGAGGGGUACAAGGAGUGAGGAAGACACCGGGUGGGAAAAAGCGAGAGCCACCGGCAAGCGGGAGGAGUUCGCAUAUCAGCACAGCAGAAGCGAGGGGGACAACAAGGGCAGUUCGGCAAGGGAGCCGGACAGAGACGGGCACAGAAACACAGACGCAGAUCGUGGCGAGGAGAGGAACCGGGGGCGAUAUAGGGAGGUCGACGGGAGAGACGCAAGGGAGGGGGGGAGACGGUCGCACUACAGGGUGCACGGGCCGUGGAAGGAAAGGCAAAGACAGGAAAGAGAGGCUGACUCGAGGUGGGAUGACACAACACCCAAGGAGGCGGCCUCUGGGACGCCGCCAAGAUCUCAGAGUAGUGGCGAGCGGAGCGGUGAUAUGGACAAUGAUACGCGACGUAGGCGAGGCAGAGACGGCUACAAAGAGUGGCACUUGGGGAAGGAAAGCCGACCGGAGGACAGGAGGAGUGCGCAGAGAGCAAAGAGAGAGGAGCCGGGGAGGUAUGAGGUCGACAUAAACGAGAUGGCAGCCGGUGCGCCGGAGCAGAGACGGAUGUGGUUAGAACCGCAGAGGGGCAGGAAUAGCAAAGAGUCGUCUCUAGAGGACUUUGUAGACAGAGAAAGGCCCGACGAGUUGAAAGAGGGGAGGGGAGAAGACGAGGGGGAAGCGCAAAAAGGACGUGUGGAGAGUUGGAGACGGGAGGGGGUAAGUGUAGACGGAGAAGAAGACCGGGGGGAGUUAGAUCAUCCGUCUGGCAGCGACGGAGGUACGGGGCUAAGCUCGCACAGGGAUGCCGAGGGAGAGAGCAACAGCGAGGAGAGUGAAAAGGGAAGUGAGACAGGGUGGAGGCCAGACAGAGACCGAAUGCCCUCGGUAGAGGACGGCUUUGUGACCGUUUCGAGCGGCGGCGACGACGAGGAGGACGAGCGAGAGGAGUUUCUGGACUGUCGGGACUUCUGGGAGGGUGGGCAUGCAAGCGACACACCCUCUCGGCCUGGACAUGAGCAACUCAUGAGGGAGGAAUACGCUAAUGAGGAGGACGUCACCGGGAAGGAAAAGAAGCCCAAGUACGUCUUUUGCUUGAUCGGCCAAACGUUACCGCCGCCAAAGUCUGACGGGAUGUCGCCGUCACUCGUCGAGCAGGAGGAGGAAGGCGAAAGACACGACCUCCUUUCAGAAAGUCUUCAUCACAGCGGCGAUGAUGUCAGCCGGCAACCUCAGGAUGACCUGCGUCCGUCAUCGAGGAGGAACGAGGAGCAUGUGACGAACAGCCGGCGGGAGGCUGACGAGGACGGCGACAGGUGUACCGAGGACAGCCGACAACUACUUUCUCCGCAAGACGAUCCGAAAAUGAGAGCGAAGAAAGCCGAGCACCCGUAUGCCGAAAUCGGGCCCCUUCGAAGGGACUCGCAGACUGAAAAACUCCUCAUGAAAUGGCGGGAAAAGAGUAAAGAAAUUGAAGCGAGGGACGGACUCCUGAGGAAUCCCUAUGACGAUGGUCACUCUCAAGUGACAUUGGAGCAAAUUCUGCCUGCCUUAGAAGGGCUGAACGUCGAAGCGAUGAGCCCGGAAGAGAAAGAGGCCAUCCGGAUACGGUUGAGCGGCGCAUGGAGCAUGUCUGAGGAGCCCAAGCGACAUUCGCAAGCACCUCACCUCAAGUGGGCCAAAAACGUGGUGCGGGAGAUCCUGGGACACUCGGGGGAGGACGUGAUAGAGGACCCCAGCUCAGCAGAACAAGGACUCUCUCACGCAGAGGCGAGCCAAAUGGACGAGCUCGCGCUCAGGGAGGAUGAGCCGCACUCCGAACCCGAGCCGGAGCUGGAGGAGGAAGAACCCGUGGAGGUGGAGGGGCUGAGAGGUACGGGGCUGGGCCAGCAAAACAUGCAUGCCGGCCAGCUCGCAGCCAUGCAUGCUGACACACCCGCAUACACUCGUGCUGACACAUCGGUAGACACAGAAGGCAAGGAGGAUCGCAACCCGGCAGUGGAUAAAGAGUCCGCCGAGCCUCUGCCCGAUCUCCGGUCAGAGAGGGUAGUCGUGAAAAUGGUUGAGGAGGCGGGUGAUGAGGUCAUGACAUCCGAGACCGAGAAAGAGGCGAGUAGACAGAAGGAAAUGGAGAUGUAUUUGUGCGUGAGCAACACGCUGUACAAGCCGAGCAGCUGCCCCAUUCUCAACUAUAAGUCUCAGUCAGAUCCCGUCAUGCCCUCCACAGAGGGCGAUGACGAUGAAGAGCUGUACGAGCCAGAAAGAGAGAGGGACAAUGAGGAAACGGGUGUCCCACAGGGUCAGGGCUCACCCAGUGUAGAAUCGGAAACCGAUGGGUGUAGCGCAGAUCGAGCAGACCCGGACGCGAGGAAAGCGGGAGGCGCCACUCUGACCAGCACCUGCAGUUUCCGGGAUUUGGGUCCCGAGGCCCGUCUGAGGAGACGGGGUAUCCGUAAAACCAGCGAAAGAAGAGAGGAGAUGCUUGUAGAGGAGGAAGAGGAGGAAGGUCUGGCCAGGGAUCGCAGAACUCGAAUAUUCACUACGACAGACGAAGAUGAUCGCAGUAAAAGUUGGGGAGAGGUGGAGCUGAGGAACGUUUUGGACACAAUCGGAAGACGGAAAAGGAAUUCAAAGUUUUUCAAUCGCGCCCAACUCUACCAGCAGUACAGCGAGGCGGCCCAGAACUUUGAAAUCCUACGCCAGUCUCGCUCUGAUGUCCUCUCCAUUGGAGAGGACAGUUCGGCCUCUCCCGCUCCAUCGCCGCCACCGGCCCGUCGACCUCUCCCGCCGCUGCCCCCGGUCCCGCAUCCCCACUCUCUGGCCCACACCGGCUCCAUCACCAGCGUGAGAAGCUUACCUCUGCCCGAGCCCCCGAGGAGUGAGGGAAGGCCCACAUCGCCGCGGCUCUCCAUCUCGCUCACGCAGUCCAACACGCUGUGGCGGGAGCUGCCGGGAGUCAGGAGUAGCAACGAGCUGGAGGACCUCCCGGAGGACAAGAGGCGCCUGCAGGAGGUGCGAUUUGAAGUGGUGACUUCUGAGGCGUCCUACUGCCGCAGUCUGGACAUUGUGGUCGAGCAUUUCGUCAAGUCCAAAACGCUUGGGGCGCUACUGACCACCCAGGAUCGCAAUUGGCUCUUUUCCCGGCUGGCCGACGUCCGUGCCAUUAGUCACAGUUUCUUGGCAAAGCUGGAGGAGCGGCUGGAGUCGGACAUCAUGCACUUUACGGUGUGUGACAUCAUCGCUCGCCACUGCCAGCGCUUCAAGAUGGUUUAUGUGCCCUACCUCACCAACCAGUCCUAUCAGGACGCCACCUACCAGAGACUCAUGAAUGAGAAUCCGGGCUUCAAGCGCAUCGUGGAGAAGUUGGAGAGGAGUCCUGUUUGUCAGAGACUUCCCCUUCGUUCCUUCCUCGUCCUGCCAUUCCAAAGAAUUACGCGAAUUAAGCUGCUGGUCCAGAACAUUGUGAAGAGAACAACGGCGGGCACUCCAGAAGCGACGCAGGCCAUUAAAGCCUUGAGACUUUUGGAGAAGCUGAUCCAGGAGAGCAAUGACAGCAUUUCGCAAAUGAAAAGCAUCGAGUCACUGGUGUCCCUCAGUGCCAAGGUGGACUUUGAAUGCAGGACUCUUCCUCUCAUCAGUCAGUCUCGGAGGUUGUUACGGGAGGGACCAGUCACCGAACUGAUCGAUUUCUCCCUUAAGGACACGGAGAGGAAUAUCUACAUGCACUUAUUCAAUGACUACUUGCUGCUUUCGCAACAAAAAGAAGGGGGCCGAUUUACGGUGAUCGACCACGCUCCCGUGGUGGAGCUGCGAGCGGAGAACUGCCGCGUCAAACUUCAUUCCCUGCAGAAGAACCUCUUCCGGCUGCACAUGUUGCACAAGUCGCUGCUGCUCAGGACCGACACACAGAGUGAUAAGCUACGCUGGAUAUCCGCCCUUUCACGCCCUCACCCUGAAGUGGAUUUUUCUUCAGCACAAGAUUUCCCACAGAUGCAGUGUAUCAGAGCUUUUGUAGCCCAGCAGCCGGAUGAGUUGUCGUUAGAAAAAGCCGAUAUCAUCCUGGUCCACCAACAAAGCAGCGACCAUUGGAUCGAGGGUACCAGACUGUCCGACCGGCAUCGCGGAUGGGUACCCGAUUCGCAUUUGGAAUUGAUCGGCAACACCAGAGUCCGGCAGCGCAAUCUAUCCGAUGCCCUCAAACUCACGACGGCCACGGCGGCGGUAUGAGCGCGACUAAAAAGCGAGAGACUCACGUGGAUCCGCUUGCUUUCCGUUUGCUAAUGGGACCGAUUGGAGAGUCAUCAUCAUCGGUGUUUCCGGAUCUCGAUUCCUGCCUUCUGAAUCAAAGGACAGUCUGCCUCUUUGGAGCAAUGCAUGACCACAGUUAGCCUUGGGCCCGGACCUGUGCACUCUCUGAAAAAUAUUAUCCGCAUCACAAAACGUGUGUGGUUAUAAUAUGCGUUUUCAAAAGGCCAAAAUGUUUCCCCCCCCCCAAGUGAUGUUUUCAGGAAAAUGAUACAUUUGUACAUCUACUAGAGUGGAAAAGAUGAGUUUGUGGCGCAUGUAUUAUUGCAGUGUGAGCUCCUCGACAGGACUCUGUGUAAAAAUGUGCAACUUUUGAAAUGUACAGAGCAUUUUAAGUACACGGUGAAUCUAUUUCAAUAAAUCCAGAUUUCAAUCAUGCGGAA